GCGGCGCUCGAUCUGCAGAGCAGUCACCCCCUCCCACCUGUGCUGUUGAUCGCGGCGGCUGAGUGCUGUGAACGGGUUCAUUCCUCAUCUCGCCCCCUUGACGUCCUCCCCUCCUUCUUGUGCGCUGUCGAUCUGCUGGGCGUUUGGUCCUUCCUGCCUUCCUCUCCCUCUCCAUCUUGUGGGUGGGACAUGGCUGCGACGACCCUGUGGGAACGUUUGUGCAGCAUGGAUAUCAAGCUGCUCGGCGUAACGGGCAUCGUCGCCGCCGGCGCCGGUGUUCUGGUGGGCCUGCCCUUUGGUGCCGGUGCCCUUUUGGUCGGCCUGGGCGCAGCCUACUAUUUUGGCCACCGCUCUCCCCCUAUUGCCCUCAACCCGGACCAAAAGAUUCCCUUUGCCCUCAUUGAGAAGGAGGUGUUGAGCCACGACACGACUCGCUUCCGUUUUGCGCUCCAAUCCCCCGAACAUGUGCUUGGCCUGCCCGUCGGCAAGCACAUGAACUUUUCUUGCAAGGUCGAUGGCAAGCUCGUGGUCCGCUCCUACACUCCCGUUUCCUCCAACGAUGAGAUUGGCUACUUUGACAUGGUCAUCAAGGUCUACAAACCCCUCCCCCCUCGCUUCCCCGAUGGCGGCAAAAUGAGCCAGUACUUUGAUCAGAUGAAGAUUGGUGAUACCAUCGACGUGCGUGGCCCGGCUGGCCACAUUGAGUAUGCCCGCCCUGGCGUCAUUAUCCUCCACAAGGACAAGAAGUCGGCACCAAUCGUCAAGAACGUCACCAAGUUUGCCAUGAUCGCGGGUGGCACCGGCAUCACCCCUUGCCUCCAGAUCAUCCGUGCCAUCAAGAAGAACCCUGCUGACCGUACCGAGGUCUACCUCGUCUUUGCCAACAAGUCGGAGGAUGACAUUUUGCUGCGCAAGGAGCUGGAUGAAGUGGCUGAAGAUCCCCGCUUCCACAUCUGGUACACCAUUGAUAAGGCCGGUCCUGGCUGGAAGUACAGUGAGGGCUACAUCGAUGAAGCCAUGCUCCGCGAGCACUUGCCCCCUGUCGGCGAGGAUGUACAGGCUUUGAUGUGCGGUCCCCCCCCAAUGCUCAAGUUUGCCUGUGUGCCCAACCUGGAGAAGCUUGGCUACCGCAGCGACCAGAUGGCAACCUUUUAG